AUGACACUUCCCCGGCUCGCCGCACGAGCCAGUUUCCGGCUAGCAUUUCCCGCGACACGCCAGGUGCUCUCGGCCACACAUCCACGCAACACGCGGACAUUGUUCAUCAAAUCCAACACCCCUCCGCCCUUCCCGGUAAUACGGACCUGUCCGGCGCCGACAUGCGCAUGUGCCUCGCCGCCCGAGCUCCCGACCGAUUUACAGAUUGACCGCGAGGCGCCGUUAAACGGAGCGAUUCCUAGCUAUGCACAGCAUGUCCUGAUUUGCUCGGGCAAGCGUGACUGGGCGAAGCGGAUUGAGGAGGAUGAUGAUAUUGGGGGGGUGGUGGGGAAGUUGGGGAGGUUGAUUGGGCCUAAGGGGGAUUACAGUGAUCCCUUCUACCACACCUCCACACUCGCCUCAUCCUUCCCUCCCACAGCACCCCCAGCCCGAUCCAACACACCCAACACCUCAGUCUACAUCCUCCCCGCCUUCAAAUACAUACCCUUCCUCUCCCGCAGCUCCCCCGACGACCUCGAGGCGCUCGUCCGCGGCUAUCUCCGGCCCGAGACCCUGCACCCCAAGUACGAUGACUUCCCUACCGCCCGUCGGGAACAGCUGGUCCGCAAGCCGGAAUACCGGGAGCGGCUGCGUGGUGUGCGGGAUGUGACUGAGGUGGUGGUGCUUAUUUGCGGGCAUGGUGGGCGGGAUCAGAGGUGUGGGCUGUACGGACCGGUGUUGCAGGCCGAGUUUGAGAAACGGCUGCCGGAGCAGGGGGUGGAGGUCCUCGCUGAAGGGGUUAGUGAAACCCCAAAAGGGGGCUACGCGGCACGGGUUGGACAGAUCAGCCAUAUUGGCGGGCACAAGUUUGCUGGGAAUGUGAUUGUGUACAUCCCGCCUACGCUCAAGACAGAGGAUGGUGGGGCUCAUCCUUUGGCGGGGCAUGGCAUUUGGUAUGGCCGGGUGGAGCCCGCGCAUGUAGAGGCCGCCGCCGUCCUGGUCCCCCUCCUCUACUACUUCUACCCCUCCCUCAUCUCCUCCACUCCCACCGAUCCUUCUUCCCCCUCUACCCCCACUCCCACCAUCUCCUCCUCCAAACCCCUAAACAACUCAACCUUCACCCCCUUCACCAUCCUCUCCCGCGAGCAAAUCUCCCCCACCGCCUUCGUCCUCACCGUCGCUACCCCAACAGGCCCAGCCCAAGAGCAGACUCUAGCUAAGAUUGAAAAGGCGUGGGAGGGUGGGUUGUGGGCGUUGGAGGUGCGACAGCCUGAGUGUCAGGUUGCGAGGGAGUAUACCCCGCUGCCUACGGUGGCAGGGUCGUCUACUGCUGACAGUGAGAAGGGUGGGGAGAACAAGGAACGUGGGGAGAACAAGGAGGGUGGAGAGGGAGAGGACACGACGCUGCGGUUUUAUAUCCGACGCAUGGAUGGCGGGGAAGUGUCGGGGUAUCUGGCAAGGUUGAAGGUGGGAGAGGCGAUGGAUUUGAGGGGGCCGUGGGGGGGGUUUGAUUUACGGGCGCGGUUGGGGGCACUGCUUGACCAGCCGGAUGUCGAGAUGGAGGUGGUCUGGGCGAACCGGCGGCGGGAGGACUGCCCGAAGGAAGGAGAAGAGCAAGGCCCGAUUAUUGCGCUGCUGGAGACAUUCCGCGAGCGGUAUGACGGCCGGUUUAGGUACUCGUGCACUGUUGACGAGGAGGGGUCGUUUAUUGACGCGGGGGUUAUCUUGCGUGCGACAGGGCUGGUUCAGCCGGGGGCGCUUGCUCGUUGGAUGUCGUGGACGGCUUGGACGGUGUGGGCUAAGGGGUUGUGGCCGAGCGGGAAUAACAGCAACAACAACAGCGGUAACAAGACGACAACAACACCACUCACCCCUAGCGUGAUCAACACCGACGCCUGCACUUACCAUUCCCCCGCCAAACUCAUCACCGCCGACGCCCACGACCCGACAACAGCUACAGAAACCAAGCCUGAAACCCAGCAGCAACGCCCAUCAUGCCAAUGCAAAGAUGCCACGGGUGCAUCUGUCCCAGGCGGCAAGAACCUGCUGCUGCUCUCCGGACCGGACGGGUUCAUCCAGCACUUUGCGGGGGAGAAGGUCUGGGAGGGCGGUAAGGAGCGACAAGGGCCGGUUGGGGGGGUGAUUGGGGGGUUAAGGGAGAGGACUGCGAGGUUUGGGGCCGAGUGGCUUGUUUUGAAGAUGUAG